AUAGGGUUAAUAUUAAUACAAACUCUGACCUUCAAAAAUGUAUAAGCAGUCACGAGGGUUAGGGUUAUAAGAUAGUAAGGGUUUUUUUACUGUAAAAAAUCUAAAAAAUAAAGGCAACUUAAGAAGUUUUAAUAGUUCUAACAACUUAAUAUGAAGCAUUUAGCAGCGUAUUUAUUGCUAGAACUUGGAGGAAAUAAGAAACCAACUUCUGAAGAUAUUAAAAAGGUUUUAGGAUCAGUUGGAUUAGAAGCAGAAGAAAAAAGAUUAAAAUCACUUUUGAAUCAACUAGAAAAUCAAUCAAUUGAAGAACUUAUUGCUAGUGGUAAAGAGAAAUUAGCGUCAUUAUCAUCGGUAGCAGUUGGAUCGGCUUCAAAAAAUGUACAAGAAACUGCUGCAAAAGUAGAGGAACCAGUUAAGGAAGAAGAAAAAGAAGAAUCAGAUGAAGAUAUGGGAUUUGGUCUUUUUGAUUAAAAUUAUAAAUUCAUGUUUAUAAUAAAACCAUUUCUUAUAUAUAAAUCUAUAUUUUUUAUUUAUAAUUUUAUAGAAUUUUUUGUUUAUAUUUGAACUUUUCUAUUUCAUUUCAUUCUUUUAGCAAAUAUAGUCCAGCGAUCUCGAGCUUCAUUAUAGUAGACCUACAGCGAUGAAUUCAAGAAGUCAG